UUUCUCUGUUCCGUAUUUUUAUAACAACUUCUAAACAAAUGGGUACACACAACUCUCGUGCAAAAGAUUUAACAAUUUAUCAAAAUCAAACAAACUCCUCCAAAAUACCAGCUCAAUAAUAAAACCACUCAAUAUUACCUUCUACAGUGUUUCAUUCAAUUUCAAUGUUUGUGUUCAUUUAAGAUAGAAAUAAAAAGAGAAAAUCCAUUUUCCACAAAACAAAAUUCAUUUAACCAUGACGAAGGCUUAAUAAAAUAACAAAGAAAAAUACAAACACGAAAAAAAGAUCUUUAUAACCUUGUUGUCCAUUUGGGCUUUUGAUUUGAUAAUUAUGCAGAAAAAAGAGUAAUCAGUGAAUUUUGUGUUUGACAAAAAACAAAAUCAAAUAAAAAGAAUAAUAGAAAUAAAACAAAGGGAAUGGAUUCAAUUUGGGUCGAGUUGGGUAUCGCAUCCCAACAUGUACGUGAAACUUCAUUGCCAGAUCGUUUUGUAGUUAUUGUUGAUAAGGGAUGGCUCCAAUGUCUCGAACAAAAAAAGAAACUUACAGAUUUUCCCAUCUUUCCGGGCCUCGAUAGACGAAUACAUCCAACUAAACUAGAACAUCCUUGGACAAAAGUUCAUGUGCAAAUUUAUCGCAAACAAAACCAUAAAGUAUUUCCAUUGCCUAGGUAUCGUGAUGCUAGUGCAGGGGACGAUUUGGGAGACCUACCAAUGACAUACUCUCAGGCUCUAAGCUAUGUUACAAAUACAAAUUUCAAAAAUCUCUGGGAAAGUGCAUACAAAAAAUAUCCUGCUUCACAUUUGAAAUUUUCAAAGCCAAUCAACCAAAGCACUGGCGGUGGCAGCGGCAGUAGUGGAGGAGGAAGAAACAACCUAGAUCAUUCCUUCAUUCCCUACGACAUAAUUCUACGAGAACUAAUCCAACGUAUUUUCAAUUGCUCAGUAAUACAUUGUAAUUCCCAUGCCCACAUUGAGACGAGUCUCUGUGUUCUGCCUAGCAAUGGUGAUUGCCAUCCCAAUGUACUUCCAGCGCUUGCCGCUAUCGAAACAAAUCUACACAUUGCUGUCAUAUUCUAUCCAACGGCUAUCGAGACAUCUCUCUACGAUUGCAUAACAUACAGUCCGGCAAUAUUGAGUAAAUCCAACAACAAGUCCCUAUUCAUCAUCUAUCAGUUGCUUCAGCUAACAAAGUAUCUCUCCAAAUUGGGAUUGUUUCUUGGAGAUUUGAGAUUGCAUGAUAUUCUGGUGGAAGAUAAUCUAUGGUUGCAAAUACUUCCCAGAAUUGAAUCGAAUAUCAUUCAACAGGACUUGGAUGAUGCUUCACCAUUGACCGACAAUCCUGCCGAUGACGACGAUGAUGAUGAGUAUUCUUCGAGUACCAAACUCGACUUAAAAUUUGCCUAUGACUUGGAACAAUUCACGCUGCGGGAAUAUUGUGAAAUGUGGUGUAAUGGUCAAUUGUCUAACUUUGACUAUCUGACAAUAUUGAAUAAUGCAGCAGGUCGAAGUGUCUCGAAUCCCGAAUAUCAUCACAUUAUGCCGUGGGUGACAGAUUUCGCCCAUCGCAAUGGAGCGAAUUGGAGGGAUUUAUCAAAAAGUAAAUAUCGCCUCAAUAAGGGAGAUAUUCAUUUGGAUUUGAUGUUUAGAUCACACGGAGCAACCUCAAGUCAUGAUGUUCCCCAUCAUGUGUCAGAUUUCCUCUCGGAAAUUACUUACUUUGUCUACAUGGCCAGGAGAACACCCCAGCAUAUACUUUGUCAUCAUGUUCGACCCAUUUGGGUGCCUGCUGAAUAUCCGGUAUCAAUUUUGCGCCUGCAAGAAUGGACACCCGAUGAGUGUAUACCAGAAUUCUAUUCAGAUCCGAUGGUCUUCAAGAGUAUACAUGAAGAUCUGCCAGAUCUUGAAUUGCCAAUGUGGGCAUCAUGUCCAGAGGAUUUUAUAGCAAAACACCGAGAAGCACUCGAGAGUCAACAUGUAAGCGAGAGGUUACAGUUGUGGAUCGACUUGAACUUUGGAUACAAAUUGACUGGAAAAGCUGCUGUAAAAUCAAAGAAUGUCUGCCUCAGUAUGGUUGAUAAUCAUAAGAAUCUAUGCCAGCGAGGAAUUGUACAACUCUUCACACAACCCCAUCCACCGAAACGUUUUCCUUCGCCUUGGUUAAGUAAAAUCCCCCCAAGGCUAACUGAUCUCAAUCGUCGACUUGUCAAAAGUCAAGAUGAUGUUUCAUCCCCAGAUGUCAAAUCACCCUCCAGAGAAGUUGAUUCUCCCAUGUUGCAGACGACUCCACAGAGAUUUGGUAGGCUAAGUCCGAAGAACACACGACAAACAAAUACAAUUAUCGAAGACAACAACAGUCAAUUAAUUGAAUCGGCGUCGUCAAAUUUCUAUCCACCUCCAAAGAUUAUAGAUUUACCAAAAGACUACAAGCCCUAUGCGUUUUUGCAGAGUUUGGAAACCAUGGAAAUGUUUUUCGCCAAAACUUUCCUCGGCCAAAGGGCAACUCAGAAUCGAACCGAAAAAAUGGCACACAAUGAUUUGCUCUUUGAAGAGUCGGAGAACUCAUUUACAAAUCAACUGUUUGCUGAUAAUUUCUGCCCAAUUGAAACAACUCAAACCAAGUCGAUGGAUAGUCGGACGACGAAAGCAAAGAGUUUUAUUGUACCCCAGACUGGGUCGAGACGGAAUCUGAAGCAAAUUCUGUUUGAGAAACGCGAAAAAGAUCUGCAAGUCAUUGGUUGUCUCAUUGUCGAGUUGUUUGUGUUGAAUAAACUGCGACCUCUAAUCGGUUUGAAUUCGAGCUUUGAAGAUAGACUCAAGGCAUGUCGAUUGGUGGCCACAUCAAAUGCUACAGAGAUUCCCAAAUGCCUGCGCUAUGUUGUGCAGUUACUGUUGAAUCUCAAUUCUGCGGGAAUAGUCACAGAUCAGGGUCUGCCCCCUCCAACUGCUCAUCAGCUCCUUGAGCCUAUUUUCGCGCAUAGUCUUAUACCUUUUCCGAACACCUACUUCCCAAUUUACACCCUGUUGCGGACUCUGCAUAACUUUGAGUUCGAUUCGACGCUUCUCGAUUUAUGCACACACUUCAAUUGCGAUGGAAAGGAUUGCUCCCGCUACACAGAGAUCGAUCGUAAACGGGUGCUUUUCACUCGAAAAAUCGCCGAAUGUAAGGUCAAAGCGUGCUGUGUCCAAAUAGAGAAACUUCUCGAGCCAGUAGCCUAUGAGCAAUUCGGAUCGGUGGAGCUGCUUCUGCCACACAUUAUUGAUUUGCUGCGGAAUGACGAGACGUCUAUUCUGACAGCCUGGUACUUAUUCGAUUUGGUAGCAACAGCGGUGGGCAUAAGAGAGACGCAAAAGUAUUUACUCGAUCCCAUUAUGAAGCUCUACGACACUGAAUCGUUCGACCGAGGAGCACUUGGCACCCGAAAACCUAUGGACGCAAGCAUAAACUCUAUUCGUUUCACUACAAGCUCCUCGUUCAAAAGUCGCAAAUCAGUCAAACUCUACCAUCACAGCUUUCUCUUGCGGUUGAUUGUAAGAUUCGGACUAAAGUGCUUCUUAGACAAUUUUAUUGCACCUCUGAUUGAAGCCGUCGGUGGGUAUAAGGAGCCCGAGGAUAGCUCUGGUUUUCACUACCACAGCAAUUCCAAUUUGCGUACGAAUCGAUGUGGAAAGAACUUUAAAUUCUGUUGCAAUGAUGAGUCGGAGAACUCUCUGACGCUGAUUUCUCCUGAAGCCGAUGCAACACUCUCGUUUGAUGCUUCCACUAAACAAGAAAUCGAAGACGUCUUCAGUUUCGACGACGACAACUCGGAUAAGUCUAGCAAUGUGGUGGACCCGGAAAAUAAGUCAGUGGAUUCAUUUGAUACUCGACCUCUGAACGCCGAGGAAGCCACUGAAGACACCCGAAUUUAUACGCCUGAAAAAAUUGCCAUCAAUGAAAUUUUCUAUGGUCAGCGCUUAUCAAAUAACUCAUUUGACGAUGACAAGAUUUCGAUAAAUAGUCAAACAGAUAGUCCAUCAAAAAUGGGUGAUUCUUGCCUCAUGGGUCCCAAGUCGCCCACCAUUGCUAUUCCCAGUUCAUUAAGGAGAACCUAUCAGCUGAAUACCAUCGAUUGUGUGAUUGGAAGCAAGAAAAGUGUUGACUCGUUCGAUUUGAUCGAUGAAGCUCAACAACAGCAGCAGCAACCAAAGAGCAACAACAAGAGUGAACCAAAUGACUCGUUACAGGCUUCAGUGAUCUCAAAACUUUCUGAAGCCAAGUCGUUGCAAAAUAAUCGCAUAUCGGAAAUGAGUUCGGAGAGUUUGAUUUGGUUAUCGCAUCGAUUGGGCCCUGUUCUAACGGCUCGUUAUCUGACAAAGAACUUGUUGAAGAUGUUGUCACUGUGCUAUGUGGGUCAGGAGAACCUCCUGCCGGAGAACUAUGAUGUCGAGGAGUGCAGUAAUCUGAAUUAUUUCUCAACAGCCGAUGCUAAAGUUGUCGGAGACAGAAAUGCUGAACGGGUUCUCGAGUGCUUGACUGCUGUAACAGCCCUCUUUGGUGAAGAAUUUAUUUUGCUGCAAUACUUCCCACACAUUGGAGAGCUGGUUGCCCUCUGCCAGAAGAGAAUCACGCCCAGCUUGGAAGGUGCACUGAUAAGCUCCCUGCAAUUGCUGAAAUAUCUAAUCCCGUGUUUGAUUGAAAGCACCAUUAUGGAAAGAUUAAAGGAUGUAAUUCUAGACACAAUUAUAAUCCCAAGCAUAAUUCUCCUUGGCUCCACUCGAUGUCUAAUGCCGAGUGGUUUCCUUGGACGCAGUGUACUUGCCCGCAAACUCCUCGAUGCUAUUUAUGUGCUAUCUGUUCGCAUUGGUCCUGAUAUGUCCAAGGAACACCUCUGCAUACCAGCCCUUCGCAAGUUCUUCCUUAUCUUCGAUAAAGCCUACGGAAUCGGGGAGAACUUCCGCGACAGUUCCGAUGAUCUUGGCAUAUCACCUCCAAACUACAUGGUCGGUGGCAACGAAGACGCUGGCGAUUUUCAGGAUCAUCAAAAAGAGAACGAAGAAAUUCGUGAUGUCUUCAGUCCGAGUUUGGCUCACUGUUCGUACCUGGCAUUUUUGCGUUUCCUUGGCGAAUCGAUAAUGACUAAAACUGUGGUCAAUCUUGAAUUCAUUCUAACACUUUGUCACGAAUUCGAGCAACCUGACCAUUCGGCGGCGCCGGAUGACGGAAGCUUACCCUACACACCGGAAUCGUCAAGGAGAGGCUCGGUAGAGGAUCAGCAACAGCUGCCGGCGAAUAGCUUUGGCACUACAAUGAUAGGAAAUAGGAUUGAAGUGGUACCCACAAGCACCAAACAAGAAAUGGGACCCAUGGAAGUGCUCGAUAUGGUGGCUUAUAAGUUCGAUCAGAUCGGAAAGACGCGUUAUUUGCGGGGAAACUGGUUGGCCUAUUGGCGCCAUGAGAUAAGCCGUCCUGACAAAGAUUCACAUAUGAGUUUAAAGCAGAUAAAGCUGCAGACUUUUGCUGGACAUACCAAUUCUGUUCGAGCUAUUGUGGCUCUAGACAAUGAGAAUAGUUUUAUGUCGGCGUCCAAAGAUAAAACCGUCAAACUGUGGUCGUUGCGCAGUGAGGGUGACGGUAAGAAAGUGUCCUCUUGUCAAUUCACAUACAACAGCCAUAAGAAAUCGGUGCAUUCGUUGGCCUUCUUGGAAUCGGCUAGAUUUGUUGUUUCCUGUGAUUCGGGUGUGCAUAUGUGGGAUCCCUUUAUCGGACGCCCUCUUGGGAUCCUAGACUCCCCCAGACACAACCCAGUGACGGUAGUGCGAUGUUUUCCCUCGCCCAGUCCGUUGAUCAUUGCCGGAACGGCUGAGUCGUCGGUAAAAAUCAUCGACUCCCGAACUAUGCAGUAUGUCAAUGAAUGGCGUCUCAGCUCGAAUCUGAGCAGCACAGUUCGAUGCCUGGCCGCAUCGCCAUCUGGCAAUUGGAUAGCAGCUGGACUUUCUUCGGGAGGUAUUUCGAUUCUAGAUGCCAGAACUGGAAUUCUGUUAUCUUCGUGGCGCCCCAUGGAGUGUGAUAUGUUGCAGUUGGCUGCUUCGAAUGAUAAUCAACUAAUUAGUUCGGCUUUGGAUCAUAGUAUUUCAGUGUGGAAUGUAAAUGACAGCAGUCUUCAAUAUCAACUUAAACCCCCACCAGAACCAGCCCACUGCCUUCAGCCUAUUGGCUCUGAAUUAGUUUUUGCCACCACCGCCAAUCGCAUUGGUAUCUACUCUGACAUUGGAAAUCGAGACGCAUCAUGUUCGGUGACGAAACUUCGUUCAGAAACACUGCGAGGUGUUCUUACAAGCCUUGCCGUUUUACCCUUAAACCGAACCUUCCUCGCAGGCAAUGAAAGUGGAAACAUUGUCCUAUUGUGUUAAUCUCAAUUUAUAAAAAACAAGAAUUUAAAUUUUUGUUAUAGUUUUUAAGUCUCCAAAAAAAAAAAAACUUUAUUGAUGACCAUCGUGAACAAUUAUUAUUUCUUUAUAGAUAUUUAUUAUAACAUAUUAUUAUUAUUUUUGUUUUUGUUUUAUAAGUUAUUACACAUUAAUUAAGUUAUCUCUAAAAAUUGUAAAAGACAAAGUGAUACAUGUAUACACGCAGACGAUGUGUAGUUUUCUGUUUUAAGUGAUUAAAAUAAUUUUUUAUUAUUGAAAAAAGAGUGCACCACGUUUAGUUAUUUUUUUUUUUCUUUUGUUAUGUUAUUUAGUUGUUUUAUUUAUAUUUUUGUUGAUUGCACUUGUGACCCUAUUAAAGACAUAUUAUUAUUCCAUUAUUUAUUAUUAUUAUUGUAACAUAACAAACAGAAUAUAAAAUAAACAAAAAGACAAAAUAAUAAGGCCAAGAACAUUCCAGUUAAAAAAAUAACGUUAAAUUAUUAAAUAAAAACAAAAUAGUAAUUCUAUGGCGUUUAUAAUGGAAAAAGGUACAGAUUAAAAAUGGAAAAGAAAAACAUAAAUAAAAGUAUUUGCAUAUUCUAAA